CAUGGGUGCACUGGUGGAAGCCGUUCUAACAAGCGUGGCGCCGUUAAAGGAGGAAAACUGGCCAACCUUUCGAAGUUGCGUGUGCGGUUUUGCGGAAGAAACACACACACACACAAAAGUUGGCUAAGCUGUUUUUGAGCACAAAAUCAGCUGACGUCGCGCUAAUGAUGGAUACUAUCGCAACUAGGGAAGAAAGGUGAGGGGAGGAGAAGAAUAAAAAUAAGGAAAAAUUAAACAUCAUCACUACAUAAAGCGGAAGGAUCUACAAACGCUUCCUUUUUUUUUGAAGCCUUAUUUUUUAGCGCCCACAAUCGGGGACGUGAUUCUUCAGGCUUCAGCAGGAAGAAAAGGUUGCUUAUGAUUCAUUUGGAAGCCGGCGAACAGCAUCCAACGAACCGAAACCGAGGCCGGCGUCACACGCGACCCGAACCCCAUCGGUAUGCUGGCACGAGCACGUCCACGACUAAGUGUUUCGCAGCAUCUCCGCACAGUGCUGUCGGUGGAUGGAUGCUGGAGCGAAUUCAUUAGUUCAUUCCCAAACAUUUCGCUCCGUUCGCUUGGAAGUUCAUCCCAGCCACCAUGGCAACGGUUGCGCCGGCAUUCCGUCGCUCUCUCUCUCGCUCUCGCUUCUUUCUAUCGCGUGCACUUUCGCUCGCUCUUCUAUUCACACACACGCAUCGGGGAAGAAGCUUUCCCAUCAUCGCAUGCUUCAUCCCAUGCAGCUAAAGCGAGCGGUGGGAGCACCGAAGACUCCGAAAAGCCGACCGCAGCUGGACGGACCCCGUUCGCCGGAUGGACGCACAAGUUUCAGUCUGUUGUUACGCUCGGCCGUAGAAAGUGGUCGAUUUGGCAGGGCUUUGCUCCGGCAAUCAGACGUCCCCGCGCGUCAAACAGCCAGUGUAGGCGGCAAAACAUAACACCCGGCACCGUGGACCGCUGCUGAACUCGGGCGCGGUUUAACGGUCGUCAACACGACGACGUAAAUUUUGUGUUUUAGUCAGUAGCAGUCCAUGUUCGAUGGGUUAAUUAUCUGAAGGAGCUUUGAAGUGUGACGUUUUAAAAGUUUGCUUAGUGAAGAUUUGGAACAGUGACAGUUGGUGUGAGUGCUCAAGUCGAUCAAAAUGAUUCCACAUCGAACUGUUCUGGAGCGUGCAGCAGGAAUAAAGUGCAAACGAUCGACGUCGGUUAGUGCACCGUUGACAGCGAUGGUGCUACUGUUUGCGACCAUCCUGAUCGGUUGUGCCGAUGGACACAACAUGGUGGUAGACAAAAUGGCAGACACCCCGAGCAGUAGUGAAGAGACAGCAGCAGCAGCAGCAGCAGCAACAGCAGAAGGAGAGCAACUGAUGCCACAGGCACUCUCGCUAACAACGCUACUUGCGGAGGAUCCAACGGCUGCAGCAUUGCAACCGGGUCACACCGAUGCAUCCCUGCAGCCACUGUCAGAGCACAACCCGUCCCCCUCUUCACCGGGCGCGCCCGGUACAGAUGGACGGCGGCGGCGUCGAUUGGGCAGAAAGCGUAAGCGUCGUCCACUGCAGGACGACUACUGGCCACCGGCCGUGCCGGACGAAAACGACACCGAAUCGAACGGUUUCUCCCCCACUGCCACCAGCGCCGGGCGUGCGUCCGAUCGGAAGCGUCUACCGUACGCCGGCGGGGCGGCAGCCUCUCGCUGGGAGGAAACGGCAAGACCAGCUCUUCGGUCGAACGGAAACCACUGGACGCACAAUCCUUACACGGACGCAAUCAGCGUAGAUCAACCGCAAACCUCGGUGCGACGGCUCCCAGGAGGGCAGUCGAAAGCGGCAACGGCCGGAAAUUUGUCACCUAUUGAUCCGAAUAGGUCUCGACGAAUUGCCGACGGGCGACCGACGGAACAGCCGCCGACCAAUGGCAAAGCGUACCGGAAACCGUACUCGCAGGCGCGCCGCGCCGAGGAACCGUACGCAUCCGGCGACGGUGGAUCGAGCGAAGCGGGAAAGGUCUCAACGUCGGCCACCGAUCUAAAGGCGCUGCUAAAACAAUCGGACGGGCUUAGCCUCAGUGAGAUACUGCAGCAGCGUAACAUUUCCCUGCAGGAUCUCAUCAAAGGCAAGCAGAUGGCACUGGCCGCCCUUACGCAGAGCCCGCUGGAGGCAACCGCGAUGACAGCGAUGGGAGACGAACCGUCCACGACCCUAUCGCCGACGCUUUCGAGCGUACGGUUUCGGGUGCACGAUGACAGCGGUACCGUGCGGCCCGAACUUUCCGCAGACAUCACGACCGUAACGACCUCGUCCACGACCACGGUGAUGCCGGCUAACGACGUGCUAACGACGUCCGGCUUUAACGGUCAUCCGCCGAGUGCGGUGGAGGAUGAAUCGAACAAUGCGGUCGGUGACGAUAUGGGCCAGGUGGGAAACAUUUUUCCGACCGUUGAAAUCAAACAGCUUGCGCUCAACCCGGUACUUCCCGUGCACAAGGAGGACCAGCGUGUCCGUCCGAUAAAGGGUGUCGCCUCCCGGAUACGACCCGACCUAAGCAACACACACAUCCGGACCGAACCGGGCCAGGCAGCACAGGUUCGGCUUCCCCUUGCGACCACAACCACCGCCAGUCCUACGAUAGGUGCAACGAAUCCUUCGCUUCUGCUGAUGACAUCGACCACGAGGGAAAAGUGGACACCGUCCGCCGCGCUUGUCGGACAGCGCCAAAAGUUUCAAACCACCGGCACGCGGCAGGUCCACUCCGGAAGGUACGGUUUCGGUACGACAUUACCCUCCGGCUUUAGCUCACCCGGAGCGGACAGUGAUAAUUCUGUUCCGCUCACGCUGACGACGACAGUGGCUGGAACGACGACAGAACCACCGUCGGCUAGACGGCUCGUAGGACUUAAGCUUAGCUCAGCCGAGGCCACCUCCAUCCUGCCGGAAGCGGAAGCAAUGGUAGAGUUAUCGCCCGACCGUCCACUGCACCAGCAUCUGCUGCGUGUUCCGAAACUGAAGCCCAGACUCGCCAUCAAACCGAAGCUAACGAACGUUGUCCCGCCGACACUACCGGCCGAAACACCAUCCUCCACACUGCCACCAGCAUCAUCUCCGACGAAAGCUGCCGCAGAAAGGGAUCGCUUUAAUCUAGCCGACGUCGAGCUGGGUGAUGACGGUGCUGGGGAAGGAUCCGUCUCCACGUCCCCUAGCAGCAACAAUAAGCAGGGUCGCCAGCAACGAUUGAACGAUGAUUUGGACGACAGUGACGAGCCCGGUUUGAACAUUAUCGAAAAGUUUACCUCGUUUGCGGAUUCGGCCGCACCGGCGACGCAGGAAGACCGUGACUCGGAGCAGGCGGCAGUAGCCGAUCUGAUUGGACGAAUCAGCGAACACACGCAGCGCUCAUUUACGGACAGCCUGGAGGACCUGUACCGUGACGUCACCGAAAGCAAUCCAUCGCUGUUCAACGAUCUCUCGCCAAUUGCCAGCGCCGACGAUCGGCGCGAGCUGCUCGAACUGAUGGAGGACCGCCGGAUUGGGUCGCGUCUGGCCAAGGUGCUGUCCCAGCGUAACAUGACGCUCGAGCAGCUGCUAGAGCAUCGCCGUCGCGGUUCCAGCCAGCUGCAUCUGGCGGAGAUCGCCAACGGCAAGGUGAAACCGAUCGACGAUAAGAUCGACAUCGUGACGGCAUUCGAGCACUUUCCGCGCUUCAACAUCGGCAAUCUGCGCAGCAUCCGGCCCGAUGACAUCAAGCUGGACUCGCAAGGUUUCAGCUACUUCACCUCCAUCAUCAACAUCCGGCCCGCGGACGAGGCGUACAAGGAGGCGCGUGCGCUGCAGGAUCGCCACCGACCGAAGCGACCGGCGAGCAAUCAUCGCGGUGAGACGCAUUUUUUAGUGAAGGGCGGAUCGAAGGAUAGGCUGCUCGUGCCUUCGAGAAUGUCCGCCGGUAUGGAACAUGCGUACGGCAGCAACAGCGAAACCUAUGACCACCAGCCCGAUCCGAGCGAGGUGGGCGAUCUGCUCGAUCUGGAGCUGUCCGGCCACGGGUUUCAACAUCACCGCAGUGCGUCGGUAACGAUCGAAAGUACCUCGAUGCCUGUCGGUGUCCGGUCGGCCAUCGUUGCCAGUUCGGCGAUCGUGGGCGUUUCGCUCGCGAUCUUCAUAGCCAUAUUCGUGGCCUGCCGGUUACGGCAGCGACGUCGCCAGAAGCUCAACUACACCGAAAACUUCAACAUGGCGAAGGGUCGUCUGCCCAUUCUGCAUGGCAGCGAUCAGGAAACGGUGCGGAAGAGCUGCACGCCGUCGGUAUCCGGACGUUCGAGCAGCUUGGGGGAGCAAGUGGUGUUCACCACGCAUCGAGCACUGGCCGGAUCCGGUGGCGCGACCGGUGGCAAUAGUGCACCGGGCACGUCAUCGUCAACGACCGGGCAGGGCAGACAGCGGGCCAUGAUGGAUCCCAAUUCGGUCGAGGUGCAAGAUUAUCUUUGGGAUCGGAAACCGUUCCAGUAAACGGUGGAUAAGCACCGACGAUGUUUCGUAACCGCAUUCGACACGGUUGUGAUGACACGCGUUUUUUUAUCUCUCUGUUAGAUUGAUCCUAUCCAACCGAACCGAGCGGGAACCGAGGCAUCAUAUGCAGCAAGAUCUCCCCGAACACCAAUCCGGGAAUCGAGUUCGAUCGGAACGACGGCAGCCAGGUGCGUGGUGCGUGGGACCGUGAGACGGCGUGUUAAAUGAUAACGAUGUGACAAACGAACGUGUGGCUUCCAGUUGCAAACAUCUGGCUUGAGAGCGGGGCGAAAGGAAUGGUCUUCGUGAGCAAGCCGAUUCCUUGAAGCAGAUCGAACAAAACGUUGGAUGCACUCGAUUCAACAAAUACGACGGACGGCAACGGUUUCUAACGAACUGCCAUCUACAAACCCCGCACCGGAAGAGGGAAGUUUGAAUCCCGAAAAGAAAACGGAACAAAAACCAGUUCCAGAUCUGACUUGUAAGGACCAAAAACCCGGUGGAAACUUUUGACAAAAGUUCGUUAAACAAGGCACUAAAGCAAAACUAGUAAUAGAGGGAGAGAGAGAGUGAAACGUGUAGGGAUGGUAAAGACAAAAAUCAUUCUUCACAUAUGAAUAUGAUAACAGUGUAAAGGGAGAGAAGAAAGAGGGAGAGGGAAAACAAUCUUGUAAGAUAGACAAAACCCCAAAUGUGCAAUAUUACGUUCGCAAGGAAGAAUAAUAAAUUAAUGUAAAGCAACGUUAGUUUAAAGCGUAGCAAAGUUGCAAAAGCGAUCGCAAUUAAACGGACGGCGUCAGCUGCUAGUUGUAAUUUAUAAACUUAAACCUAGUGUAACUUUCAAGGUAGGUGAUGUAGCGUACGGAGUCGAUUUGCGCUGACGAGAAAACAAAAAGCAAAGGAACAGAGUGCAACGGUGUAGCGUUUGGUAGCAGAUCCUAACCGAUAGGGAACAGCAGUCCGAACAGUGUCGUUAAUCACAAUAAAUUCAAAUAUCUUAAACGA